GCCUGCAGGGAUGGGGCAUCCACAGCCUCCUUGGGCAUCCAACACCCAGGGCACAGCAACCCCGUUCCCAGCAUGAACCUAAUGGUGUCCAAGCACCUAAACAAAAAUGCCAUAGGAAAUAAGGUCUGGUACACCAGUGGCCUUCCUGCCCUAGCCAUACACAUGCUGUGCCACGUGCAAGGCCAAGCCCCCAUGGCAUGAGGCUGCUGGGCUUUCACUGUCACUCUGCUAUUCAAUUACGUGCAGUCUGUGUGGGUUUUCCAAUUAACCACCAAAGGAGCCCCUGGGGUGCAAACUCUGAACCCUGCAGCCUGAGCAAGCUGUGGGAGCUCCCUUCCUGGAGCAGAAACAUGGAUGCCAUGCAGCAGUGCCGGGAACCAAAGAGAAUGGUUUGCUAGUUCACUUGAAGAGUGAAAAACUGCAGCUCUGGAGAUGACUGUGCCCCACGCAGGGCUCUGAGCGUGGCUGCUUUCUGCCCACAGCAUGCAGACGGCGCAGGAGGAUGUGUUCCCCACGGAGUCACCGGUGCCCUUGAGUGUGCUGAAUGGCAGCAGUCACUACCUGGUGUGGGUGCAGGCCAGCAAUGCACUGGGCAUGGCACGCUCAGCUCCUCAGCACCUCGACCUGCAGCAGCUCGUGGUGCCCGCCGUGCCCCUGGCUGAGCGCGCGGAGACGACGGCGGGGUCACCUCCCACCACCACCAUCCACUGGAGACAGCAGACAGAGCUGCAGGACGUGCGCUGCGAGGAGCGGCACAAGGCAGUGGGUGCUGCGGAGUGGGAGGUGAGAUGGCACUGAGCCCCAAAGGCCCUAUUAUAGAGCCAUGGGUUGGGGUCCCUGGGGAGCAGGGUGGGUAGAACAUCCCUUCCAUUAGCAUUAACUCUGCUUCUUUAAGCAAAAAGCAAAAUUUGUAAUAUUUGUAAAUCUUAUCAAGCUCUGCAAGGACAAGGUGGAAAAAGGCCACUAACGGUGCUCAGCAAACACCCACUUAAUCAAUUCCCUCCUCAUCGACACAGACACAACUACACUUGGGCAAACUGCACCAAGGUCCUUUUUGGAAACCUUCCUGAGCUGGCAGAUGGCUGACCCUCAAUCCCAGCACUCAGCAGAGCUGCCAAAAUGGGGGACUGGCCUGGUGCCACUGGGAUAGAGCUCUGCAGUGUCCUGGGUUAAGUGGGUUCAGUUGUCUUUCCCCUGACCUUAAUGCAUAUGAAUCAAAGAAUCAUGGACUUUAGGAGAGCCAACUUCGAUCUCUUCCGGGACCUACUUGGAG